AUGGAGAGAGAUUCGGAGAUGCAAUCCGUUCCCGUUUCAAACAACAUCCCCGCGCACCCGCUGCCGACAGACGCGCUCAUCCUCCAGAUACUACAGCAGCUUCAACAACAGCAACAAGUCACCAACCAGCUCCUCCACAAUCAGCAGCAGGUCCACGAGCAGCAACGUGCAUUCAUCAGCCAGCAGGAAAAUGCCCUCCGAAACAUUCAAGUUCAGGUACCAACAAACACAGAAGUGAUCCUCGAUUCGCUAGCGAGCAACGUGAAGGAAUUCCGCUAUGACGUUGAAAGCAACAUAACCUUUUCAUCGUGGUUCUCGCGCUAUGAGGAUUUGUUCUCGCAAGAUGCAUCCCGUUUAGAUGAUCCAGCUAAAGUGCGGUUGUUAAUGCGGAAGCUCGGCAUAGCGGAGCACGAACGAUACAGCAGUUUCAUACUACCGAAAACUUCCCAGGAGUUCUCCUUCGCCGGUACGGUAGCCAAACUUAGGGGCUUGUUUGGGGCUGCUGAGUCAAUUUUCAGCAAACGUUAUCGUUGUCUGCAGGUUUCCAAGAAAUCGACGGAAGACUUUGUGACAUACGCCUGCCGAAUAAAUAAAAAUUGUGUCGAGUUCGAGCUUGGUGCCCUAACGGAAGAGCAGUUUAAGGGCUUAAUUUUUGUAUGCGGAUUGAAGUCGGAAGCAGACGCAGAGAUUCGGACGCGACUCUUGUCUCGGAUCGAGGAGAAAGAUGACGUGACUCUCGAACAACUAUCCGCAGAAUGCCAACGUCUUAUCAAUCUACGUCACGACACGGCGUUGAUUGAGGAAUCUAGCAGGGAUGUGCACGCAAUCAGGAAGAAGCGGUUCCAGAGACGGCCAAGAAUGAAACAGGAUAGCUCCAGUUCACAAUCAUCACCGGGAGAAAGGAAGAAGGAACCACCAAGUCCGUGUUGGUACUGCGGCAUGAUGCACUACACCCGGGACUGUAAAUACAAAACACAUCAGUGCUCGGAGUGUAGGCAUUACGGACAUAAAGAGGGUUAUUGCGCGAGUUCUAAGAAGUCCCGACGUAGGCAAACGCAUAGAAAUAUGCGCAACGUUACGGUUGAAACCAAAACCGUUAAGGUGUCUGUGAACAGCGUGCGCGGAAGAAGGAAGUUUGUAUCAGUCGAGAUCAACAGCGUUCCAGUCCGGUUGCAGUUCGAUUCAGCAUCGGACAUCAGCGUUAUUUCGACUGAGACAUGGAAGCAUCUCGGAGAACCACCUGUCCGCACAUCAUCAGUGACCGCCAAAACUGCAUCAGGCGAUCCUCUACAACUAUUGUCUGAGUUCGAUUGCUCGGUAAUGAUCAACGGUGUAACGAAAGUUUGCACGGUCUUCGUCGUGGCACAGGAUCUCCACAUUCUCGGACUAGAUCUAGUGGAAACAUUCCAGCUGGAUACACUGCCGAUGAACGUCCUUUGUCGUCAAGUCAGCGAUUCCAGAUCCUAUGCUGAUCGCCUCAAGCAGACCUACCCAUCCGUUUUCAGCACCAGUUUGGGAUAUUGCACUAAGGUCACCAUCAAACUGGACCUCAAGCCUGGUCAAAACCCGGUUUUCCGUCCGAAGAGACCUGUGGCAUACGCCAUGUACCAGGCCGUCGACGAGGAGCUUGAUCGACUCGAGCGUUUGAAGAUUAUCGAACCAAUCGACUACUCGGAGUGGGCCGCUCCGAUCGUUGUCGUUCGCAAAGCCAACGGAAACAUACGGAUAUGCGGCGAUUACUCUACAGGACUGAACAAUGCACUCCAACCGCAUCAAUAUCCGUUGCCGUUGCCGCAGGACAUUUUCAUCAAGCUCGCACACUGCAAGAUCUUCAGCAUUAUUGAUAUGUCGGAAUCAUACUUGCAGGUCGGAGUCGACGAAUCUUCUAGCAUGCUUCUUACUAUCAACACCCACCGAGGUCUCUACAAGGUAAAUCGUCUCGCACCUGGCGUAAAAGCUGCUCCAGGAGCAUUCCAGCAACUAGUGGACACCAUGUUGACUGGCCUCAAGCACACUUCCGGUUACAUCGAUGACAUCGUGGUUGGUGGUGAAACGGAAGAGGAGCACUGGACGAACCUCAAUGCCCUGUUCCAGCGUCUACAGGAAUUCGGAUUCACCGUUCGAAUCGAGAAGUGCUCGUUCGGACGGCAGCAAAUCAAAUAUCUCGGACAUCUUCUGGACCAGCACGGCGUUCGACCUGAUCCAGCCAAGAUCGAUGCCAUCACACGCAUGCCUGCUCCAACCAACGUCUCAGAGGUGAGAUCGUUCCUCGGUGCAAUCAAUUUUUAUGGCAAAUUUGUCCAAAAUAUGCGCGCUCUUCGCCAUCCAUUGGACGAAUUGCUGAAAGCAGGUGUCAAAUUCGACUGGACAUCGCAGUGCCAGGGAGCGUUUGAUAAAUUCAAAGACAUCCUCUCGUCCGAUUUGCUACUCACACAUUACAAUCCGAAACUGGAGAUAAUAGUUUCGGCUGAUGCAUCGUCAGUCGGCCUCGGGGCAACUAUCAGCCACCGGUUCCCCGAUGGCUCGAUAAAAAUUGUACAGCAUGCCUCCAGAGCCUUAGCACCCGCUGAGCGCAACUAUAGCCAACCAGAUAGAGAAGGCUUGGCUAUAAUCUUCGCUGUAACAAAAUUUCACCGCAUGCUCUUCGGUCGAAAAUUCCUCCUUCAAACGGAUCACGCUCCAUUGCUGCGGAUAUUCGGAAGCAAGAAAGGGAUACCAGUAUAUACCGCCAACCGGCUCCAACGCUGGGCUUUAAUCCUACUAAUGUAUGAUUUCACAAUGGAGUAUGUAGCCACUGAUAAGUUUGGCCAUGCAGACGUUCUUUCGCGCCUAAUAAAUAAUCACGUGAAGCCUGACGAGGAUUACGUCAUAGCAUCUGUCACCAUGGAAGAUGACGUCAGGUCAGUAGCGUUCGAUCCUUUUAAUGUGUUACCUAUCAAUUUUAGAGAGGAGCAACAAGGCACCCGCACGGAUCCGGUGCUCAAGAAGGUCUACCGGUACAUCCAAAUUGGAUGGCCUAAAAGUUUGCCCCGUAACGCCGAUCGAGAGCUCCAACGUUUCCACAAUCGACACGAGUCUCUGACCACGGUUCAAGGCUGCAUUUUAUUCGGCGACAGGCUCGUUAUUCCAUCCCAGCUGCGUAAGCGAUGCCUCGACGAGCUCCAUCGUGGUCAUCCGGGCAUACAGCGGAUGAAAGCACUCUCCCGCAGUUACGUGUAUUGGCCAUUGCUCGACAGUGAUAUUACCGACUGCGUGAAAGCUUGUACACAGUGUGCUUUGGCGGCGAAAUCACCGCCAGUAGCUCUACCAGUACCCUGGCCUAAGUCCACGAGUCCAUGGCAACGGGUCCACGUUGAUUACGCUGGUCCCAUCAAUGGCGACUACUAUUUGCUCGCUGUGGACUCCUAUUCGAAAUGGCCAGAAGUUGUUCAGACAAGUCGCAUAACCAGCGCAGCGACCAUCCGCAUUCUCCGCAAGAUAUUUGCUCGUCUAGGGAUGCCGGACACAUUGGUGUCAGACAAUGGCACCCAAUUCACCAGCUCUGAUUUCGCUCAGUUCUGCACCAGCAAUGGUAUAGACCACGUGACUACCGCCCCGUUCCACCCACAAUCAAAUGGUCAGGUGGAACGUUUCGUGGAUACGUUUAAGAGAGCGAUCAAAAAGGCUCACGAGGGGAGAAGUUCGGUAGAAGAAGCAAUCGACAUGUUUCUGCUAGCGUAUCGAAGUACGCCAAACUGGUCAGCACCAAAUGGCUUUUCGCCUUCGGAACUAAUGUUCGGUCGGCGCAUACGUACGUGCCUCGAAUUACUACGUCCUCCUGCAGAACAAUCAUCAUCGCCUCCACCUACCAAACCGAAGCGAUCCUUCAACUGUAGUGAACCAGUGUACGUCAAAUUGUACUCUAAAAACGCCUGGAAUUGGGUACCAGGCACAGUUCUCGAGAAAGUGGGACGAGUAAUGUACAACGUUUGGACUGAUGGGAGUCGUCUAGUCCGGUCUCACGUUAACCAGAUGAGAAGCCGAACAUCAUCCAGCUCUAUCGAAGGUUCCGGUAAACCGCCGUCAGCCAGACAUAAAACCUUGCCCGUAAGCAUUCUCUUGGACACUUGGGGCACACCAACGACUUCGACUGAUAUAGCACCUUCGCCAUCGCCAUCGCUAUCACCACCCAUGAUUCCAAUGAGUCCAGUCGUCAGUCCUAGUCAGGAGUCCUCAUCAUCUUCAUCGACGUCUUCCAACUUCGAAUCAGCUGCAACUAGUACACCAACGAUACAGCUUCCACGGCGCUCUUCUAGGCCUAGAAGACCACCUGAACGGCUUAACCUGUAUCGAUGA